AAUCUCAACGUCUCUCUAAUUAAUUUCCACUUAGCCGUUAACUGAACCUCACAUUACUCUUCACCUAUCAUUAUCUUCGUUUUAAAAACUUACUCUACACACUCACAUUCUACUCUCUCUCUAAUACUUAUCAUUGAACUUUACUCUCUCAUUCAGUAGCAGUACUAUGUUUAGUACAGCCAUGGCUAAACUGCCUCUUCUCAUUUUCCUUCUUUUCUUGUCUCUCUCAUCAGGAGGAAAUGUGAUUUUGGUUAAUGGGCAGAGAACUUGGUGUGUGGCAAAACCUUCAUCAGAUCAAGCUACACUUUUAUCAAACCUCAAUUAUGCUUGCUCUCAAGUUGAUUGUAGAGUUCUUCAGAAAGGAUGCCCCUGUUCUACCCCUGACAAUCUUAUGAACCAUGCUUCCAUAGCUAUGAAUCUCUAUUAUCAAUCUAGGGGAAAAAACCACUGGAAUUGUGAUUUCAGAGCCUCUGGAAUAGUUGUUGUGACUGAUCCAAGUUAUGGUAACUGCAUUUACGCUUAGAAAUGGACUAGUCACAAGUGGAAUGAAUAGUAUAUGUGCUUUCUUAUGUUGCAACAUUUGGCAGUGGAUUUGUUUUGUGUUGCUAUAAUCAUUUGGUAUAUAUAAUUGUAUUUAAUUUAAUUGGGUUGUCAUUCUCAACCUUGUGGCACAUGCAACGCUACAUUAUCUUAUUCUAGGAAUAUCAAGGAGCUUCUGUUCACCUGUAACCUUUCAAAUCAUCAACUUGAAUCAAAUUAUUUUAAAUGUACGAUUCACCUUAAAGUGAGUUUAAUAAAAUUUCAAUCGAUUGCCGUUCAAA